AUGGAGCAAGAAGAAGACCCUAACAGAGCAACGGCCCUGUGGCCCGACCCGCCGGCAUUUUGGAAGGAUUUCACACCGGCAAACCUUGAACGAUAUGGAACUCUCAAGCAAGACUAUGUGCAACGACAGGGUCCCAAUGCAGAGGAAGCGGUCCGAAUCCCCGACCUUCCAGAGGAACUCAUAACUCUCCAACCACCACCAGAACCGGUAGAGGGGAAAUGGAAGAUCUUCAACACGGAAGAGACUCUUGCCGAGCACCUCACCAGCCUCGAGGACCUCAACAUCCAGCGGCUAGUCCCAGUCUCCGAAAUCGACAGCGACAGCAAACAUCUCGAUCGCGGUUUCGAACUCAAAAAGAUCGUCAAGUCGCUCCUCCUCAACUACCUCGAGAUGAUCGGCCUGAUGGGCCACAACCCCAACCAAGUCUCCGAAAAACUAGCAGACAUCAAAACCCUCCUCCUCAACUACCACCACACCCUCAACGAAUACCGCCCGCACCACGCCCGCGAGCAGCUCAUGCAAAUCAUGCACGCCCAAGGCGACCAGGUCCGCGCCGAGACGGCUGGCACCCGCAGCGUGGUCGACAAGGCGAAGCGCAUGAUCGAAGGGCUGGCCAGUAUCCAGACGCCGCAGUUGGACGCGACUAGGGCGGAGGUGGAUGCUGGUGGGACUGAUAGAGAGGGGAGGGGGGAGGGGAGGUGGGAUGUGGCUGCGUGGAUGGCGGCGGAGGAGUUUGCGUGA